AUGGGACCUACUAGGUGCGAUGGCGCCCCCAUGAGCGCUCCUAGGGGCGGUGGCGGCCCUAAGGGCCCUCCCAUAGGCGGAGGCGCCCUUGAGUGCCCGCCCAGGAGCAGCUGGGGCCCUGCCCUGGGCAGCUUGCCCCUACGGGACCUACCAAUGUGUGGCAGCGCCCUCACGAACCCUCCCAAGGGCGGUGGCGCCCUUAGUGGCCCUCCCAGGAACGGCAGAGUCCCCAAGGGCCCUACCAGAGGCGACCCUCCUGGGAGCUCUAUAGCUUGGAGACCUGCUAGGUGCUGGUGCGCCACCAAUGGACCUCACAGGUGCGAUGGCAUCCGCAUGGUCCCUCCCAGGGGCGGUGGCGCCUUCAAGGUUCCUUCCAGAAGAAGUGUCGUCCCGAGGCCCGCCCAGGAGCAGCUGGGGCCCUGCCCUGGGCAGCUUGUCCCUACGGGACCUACCAGGGGUGGCAGCGCCCUCACGAACUCUCCCAAGGGCGGUGGCGCCCUUAGUGGCCCUCACAGGAACGGCAGAGUCCCCAAGGGCCCUACCAGAGGCGACCCUCCUGGGAGCUCUAUAGCUUGGAGACCUGCUAGGUGCUGGUGCGCCACCAAUGGACCUCACAGGUGUGGGGGCGCCCUCAGGGGCCCUCCCAGGGCAGUCGGCACCCCCAAGGACUUUCCCAGUUCCGGCGGCAUCCCUAGGUGCCUUCUAAGGGGCGUCAGCGCCCUCAAGGGCCCUCCCAGGAGUGGUGGUGCCUCCAGGAAAAUUCCCUGGGGUGGUGUCGAACAAAAACGCCCUCCCAAGGGCAUUGGUGCCCACAGAGGCCCUCUGCGGGGUAUCUGCUACCACAGCGGCCCUUUUAGGGAUGAUGGCAUCCCAGGGGUUCUUACAAGUGAAAUGGCGCCUCCAUGGGCCCUCCCAGAUACGUGGUUCCCUUUAUGGACAAUCAUCGGGGCGGCGACGUCCCUAGGAGGCCCUCCCAAGGCCGGCGGCGCCCCCAGAGGUCCUCCAUAA